AUGGCUAUAUGCAUGGUAGUGACAUUUGAUCCUAACUUCCCCCUUGAAUAUUGGCUUUUUAAGGUCGUUGAAAUUGGCGGCGGCGGAGGUGGUGUUGUUGAAUCAGAAAUGAAUGUGAGCCACCCAUCGGUGCACCCAGUGGAAGCGCCGCAACCUCUGACCGACGGUGCGAAUGUUCCGAGAGUGAGGAUGAAGGACGUCCAAGGCAUGCCUGGCACUAUAGGUGGCCUGAUCUUGCGUUUCUCUCAGUUUGUGUUCGCAGUCAUAGCUCUUUCUGUCAUGGCCACCACUAGUGACUUCCCUUCUGUCACUGCCUUCUGCUUCCUUGUUGCUGCUGCUGGCUUGCAGAGUUUGUGGAGCCUUUCGCUAGCCAUCGUGGAUAUGUAUNUAAAAUGA